AUGGCGCACGGCGACGAGUGCACCAGCAUGCAAGGCACGGCGCGUGGCACAGGUCCGCGCCUGCCCGUCCUCAUCAUCGGCGCUGGCAGCACCGGCCUGGCUCUCGCGCAGGGUCUGCGCAAGGCCGACAUCGCGUGCACCGUCUUCGAGAAGAACCCCGACCGCCACGGCGAGCGCGACUGGAACAUGGGCCUGCACUGGGGCGGCCCCGCCCUGCAGAGCCUCAUGCUGCCCGAGUCGUGGGCGCGUCUGCAGGAAGUGCAGGUGGACCCGCAUGUGCCCACCAAGGCCCUCGACACGCUGAACUGGCUGCAGGGCGACACGGGCGAGUCGCUGGCCGCCUUCACCUUUGGCCCCUUCUACCGCCUGCGGAGGAGCAAGCUGCGGGCACUUCUCUCACAGGGCCUCGACAUCCAGUACGACAAGCGUCUGGCCAGCAUCACGUACGCGCACGACGGCCAAUCAGUCACGGCCCACUUCGACGACGGCACCUCCGCCACAGGACGGCUGCUGGCUGGUGCAGACGGCGCCCGCUCAGCAACGCGCAGCCUCCUGCUCGGCCCAGACCUCGGCGCCAUCCACAGAAUUCCCUUUGCAGCCACCUUCGUCCAGCGCAGCUUCACCGCCGACCAGGCCCUCUUCCUGCGCAGCUUCCACCCGCUCUACCUCGCCUCUGCCCACCCCGACAACAAGUUCGCCUUCUUCGGCCUGCACGACGUCGCAGACGCCCACGACCCGUCUUCUUGGGUCUUCUUCUUCUACAUAUCCUGGCCCAGCAGCCUCGACGAGCAGGACCGCACCCAGCACUGGACCGACGCCGAGCGCCUCGCCCAGCAGAAGGAGUACGCCAAGUCUUUCUGCGACCCGUGGAAGAGCGCGUACGAGUGGACGCCAGACGAUGCGCCCGUGUGGUACAUGGGGCUCACCGACUGGGAUCCAGGGAGGGACGCCUGUCGCUGGGACAACCACGGCGGGCUGGUGACGAUGUUGGGUGACGCAGUGCACCCGAUGACCUACCAGCGAGGGCAGGGCCUGAACCACUCCGUCACCGAUGCUGGCAAGCUCCGAGACGCCCUGGUCAAGAUUGAUAGAGGGGGGGAUCAGAAAGAAGCCAUCACCGCGUUCGAAGACGAGAUGAUUGCGCGGGGAGGGAAAGAGGUUAGGGAUGGGACGGCGAACACGAUGCUGCUACAUGACUGGGAGAGAGUCAAGCAGAGUCCCCUCUUCACAAAGGGCAUGAAGAAGGGCGAUUGA